AUGUCAUGCGGCGAGGCAUCAACAGCAGGAUACAUAGGCACUCCACUGUGCACAGUGAUUGCAGCUCGUGUCUUAAAGGCGCGUUCGGGUCUCGAUCAGCUUCCCAGGUUGGGGUACACAUUGUUACACGCGUGGAGUGUUGCAGCUGCCCUGCGCUCCCCGCUGUACUGCCGCCUCGGCGCCUGCCGGCAGGUGAAGGUGUCGACGUUCGGCUACUGGGGCGGCCCGCAGCGGCUGGUGGUGGAGCUGGCGGCGGAGCGGCGCGCCGCGGGGGCGGCGGAGGCGGCGCUGCCCCCGGGCCGGCCGGAGCGCAUGCUGGCGCAGUCGGCCGCGCUGCUGCGGCGCGCCGCCGCCGCCUUCUACCUGUGCGGCCACCUCAUGAUGCUCGCCUGGUACGCCUCGCCGCUCGUCGCCAACGCCGCGCUCGCCCCGGACCCCGACACCAACGCCACGCUGCCCAGGCACCUGCUCUUCGAUGCGUGGUUCCCCUUCGACCCGGUGCCUUCGCCCAACUACGAGCUGGCGCUGCUGUACCAGUCGGUGACGCUGUACAUCGCCUUCAUCACGACGGCCGUCAUCGACGUCUUCUACGUCAGCGUCAUGGUCUACCUGGGCGUCGAACUGGAGAUCCUCAACGAGGCGGUCGCCAGGAGCUGCCGGUCGCCCGAGGAGAAGGGCGACGACGACGACGACUGCUAUCUGCUGGUUGGCUGCGUCAGGCACCACCAGGCGCUCAACAGAAAGCCAGCACCACAAUUAGUGAUCCAUAUGUAUAGAGACGUCUCCUGUUCCUUAGAGUCCUCCAACUAUUAUGAUAGAAGUAAUGGGAAUCUCCAUCUUCGUGCAGUUUGUUUUCAACAUGCUUCUGAUCUGCGUGUAUGCAUUCGUACUUACAACGCGGAAGAGCGACUUGAGCACGCUGGCGAAGUUCGGCAUGACCCUGGAGAGCUACCUGUUCGAGAACCUGCUGUACUGCUGGUACGGCAACAACCUGAUAGAGCAGUUGCUGAACGGAUCCUACAGCCUUUUUGCAGUUCUCCACCAUUUGAACAGCAAGUAAAACACAGCGCAAUCUGUUUCAUGCUUAGAAAAACAGUUGAGUGCUGCAGCACUGAUACCUGAUGGCUUCGCACAAACUGAUCGACCUCCACCUGAUGUCACUUAAUUAUUUCAAUAUUGUACAAAAUGUUAUUUGACAUGAUUCACAUGUACUUCAUACAGUUCUCUUGACUCUUUUUCUUUACCUUAUUUGUUCCAGUGUUGAAUGACAGUGUUGAUAACGAGAAUUAUGUGUGUUGAAAUUCUAAACGUUGCUUUGCGAUGUAGGUACACAAAGAAUAGGCAUUAUAAAGAAUUUGUUAUGAAUUAUAAAUAAAUAAAG